AUGGAUCAUUACGACGAAGUAAUCGAAAUCCGUAACGGACCAGAGAUCGAUAGCCCUACCGACUUGGAUGUCAAAAGUCAAGUGGAUUUCAUAAGCGGCGACAAGCAAAGUGAUUUCCUUGCAAUGUCUGAUCAAAAUCCCCCAUCAAUGGGCUCCAAAAUGCCUGGUCGAAACAAACCUCCUGGCGGUUUUCGUGAUCGAGAAGAGUCCCGCAGCAUGUCCCGUAGCAUGAGUCGCAGCAUGAGUCCCGACGAAACGAGCGAAAACAGCGAAAGUGUGUCGCGCGACAUGAUGGAUCGCGGUGCAAUCGGAAAAAUUGAUAAAGAUGGAGCAACCGGUAUUCAAAAGAAGCCUUCUGACGUGACUUUUGACCCGCGUGAAUAUGAAAAUGUUGAUGCGCCCGCUGAAAUUAAGGAGUUAAUGCAAUAUAUUUCACGUUACACGCCGCAACAAAUCCCGAUCGAAUACAAACUUCGUAUUUUCAUCCCGGAUUACAUUCCAGCUGUUGGCGAUAUCGAUGCAUUUCUGAAAGUGAUCCCUCCGGAGCCGAUAAACAAGGGAACUGGUCAAGCUUUGAACGUUUUUUCGAAAUCUUUGGGAUUGCAAGUCGUUGACGAGCCUUGUGGGCAGCAAAGUGACGGAGUUUUGCUUCAAAUGAGAUUUCGUUCGAUUUUUCCAAAGGCUUUGGAGACACCGUCAGCUGUCGCAAAAAGCCCGAAGGAUAUUGAAAGAUGGGUCAGUGAGAUACAAACUUUGCAUAUUAAUCAGCCGUCGCAAAAUGUGCUGCAAUUGAGUCGAAAGAUGCCCGAAAUUGAUGGUUUGAUGUCGGAAUGGCCGGAACAGAUGGAAAAAGUCUUGGAUACGAUUGGAUUUCCGCCGACAACGUUGGAUUCGUCAUUGUCGGAAUAUUGCGCGAUUGUCUCGAGCUUGUUUGAUAUUCCGAUUAACAAUCGUCAGAGUCACAUGGAUUACAUUACGAUGCUUUAUACUCUGUUUUCUUUGUAUAUCGCUGUUAAAGGCGACGUUAAUUAA